CCCCCUCUCUCUCUAUUUCAGCUCCCCCAGCCUGCAACCCUAUCAGCAGUGCCCAUACUUAGGGUGUGGGUGGGCAUGUGUGUGUGUCAUUGAAAGAGUGUGUGUAUGUGUGCGUGCCCAGGUGCCAGAGUAGUGGGUUGAGAGAAGUCAACUCCAUGACAUUAUAGCUGAAGGAGAGCGGACAGAGCUCUCUGAGGGGGCCCUGACAACUAUGGAGUAAACGCACUGAGGGCCCCCCAGAAAGACAAAAAGACAGACAAACGGACAGAAAAACAAAAAAGGAGAACAUAUCACACAAUAAUGGUGGCAGAAGAGGUUAUAAUCACCUUGUCUGGUGGAGCACCAUGGGGCUUUCGUCUCCAGGGGGGCGCGGAGCACCAGAAACCACUUCAGGUGGCCAAGGUGCGUAAGCGCAGUAAGGCGUGCAGGGCAGGACUGCGGGAGGGCGAUGAGCUGGUGUCCAUCAACGAGCAGCCAUGUGGAAGUCUGUCCCACUCCCAGGCCAUGACCAUAAUCGACAGCUCCCCAGGAAUAUUACACAUCCGGGUCAAGAGGGCACCGGCAGGCUUCCAGUCUGUGGUGCUGUUGACCCGCGCCCCGUCCCCUCGCAUUGACAAAGAGUACCGAGCCGCCCUGCGUGCCAUGUCCCCCUCCUCCAGACCCCACCACAUAGCAGCUGUCAGGGAGGUCCCCCAUGGCAGGUCCUCUGUCCUGUCUCCCAUGGGGCGCAGCGGCCUCACCUCGCCCCCAGGCAGUGAGGCCUACUACGGGGAGACAGACAGCGACGCAGAUGUGGCAGCCCACGAGAGGCAGAGGAGGCAGAAGCGCAGAAGUCCCAGCAACUUACCCGGCAAAGCCUCUGGCAGAGCCUCCCAGGAGGGAGGCGAGACCUCAGAGUUUAGCGGCUAUGACAGCGCCCCAGAUGGCCAGCUCUACCCAGGGCUCCAGGACCACGGGCUAAUGGAUGGCCGAGGAGCGGGGGAAGGCUUGCAGGGGGUGGCCCGCAAGGAGGUGAUUUACCAGCCCCCUCCAGGGAUGUGGUCCUCCCAGACCUCCACAGAGACCUCCUCCAUCAUCUCCUCUGUUGAGGACCAGGGCCCAGGAAGGGACGGAGUGGCGGAGGAGGACAGUGGCUUCCAGGAGCCCUCCAACGUGGUCCCACUGGUUUCCCCCGAGAGGGCCAAGGGGGCCAUGCAGCUGAGCUCCCGCAGGCAGCUGGUGCCCAUGGUGGGGCCCAUAGACACCCCUCUGGAUGAGGAGCUCAGUGUCACCUACAUGGACAAGGCCAAGCAAGCCAAACUGAACCGGGGUGACACGGUUCAAGACAAACAGGUGAAGGAGGCCAGAACCAAGUGCCGCUCCAUCGCCUCCCUUCUGACAGACGCUCCCAACCCCCACUCCAAGGGCGUGCUGAUGUUCAAGAAAAGGCGGCAGCGCUCCAAGAAGUACACGCUGACCAGCUUCGGCAGCGUGGACGAGGACAUGCAGCAAGAUUCCCAGGAGGAAGAUGGUCUUUUCCCAGGAAGCGAGUCGGAGUUUGAUGAGGAUGGCUUCUCAGCCGCCCCCGACACCACCUGGGACAGUGACUACUUGGAUGCACUGGAGAAGAGGGCGACCGCGGGGGGAGAGCGAGGGGAUGGGACAGAAGAUGCCCCCAGUCCCGGCCUGAGUGACAUCUCUGGGAAGGGCGCCCAGCUGUUUGAGCAGCAACGGAAGAGGGCGGCCGAGCACGCCAAGAAGGUGGCUGCCACCCAGCCUCAGGUGCCGCCCCAGCCUCAGAUAAAGACCCAACCACCGAACCAACCACAGAUCCAGGAGCAGCCUCAGCCAUAUGCACAGAGCCAGCCCCAGCCAGAGACACAACCACAGAUGUACCAACCUCAGCAACCUGUGGCACCACCGCCCCCUGCAGCCUUCCAGGAGGAGACUCCGUCUGUGGCAGAGAGGGCUAUGGCACCAGCCCCAGCUGCUCCUACUGCCUACAGUAUGGCUAACGGAGAUGUAGCCUACUCUGCAGUGAGCACAGCUAGUGUGAUAAUGUCACCCCCGACUGUGGCACCCAAACCAAUCACCGGCCAAGUGUCCAUCUCAACCAUACCUCCGCCCCAAACACCACUGCCAGAACUCUCCUCCAGCUCUGUGGUCAACAGAACCGCCCGCCCCUUCAACCCAGGGUUUGUGACUAACCGAGCCGCCACCGCUCCUGUUGUGUUCCGCCCCGUCAUCACCAAAAGGGCCCAGCGCCCAGCAACCUCUGUGUCUAUUGUAGGACCUCCCUUCUCCACCACAUCAGAGCUGCCUGCAAGUGGCUGUCCUUCCUUCUUCUCACCCCCGUCCUCUGUGUCCGGAGGACCGUUCUCCACCCCAUCCUCAGCACCGGCCACUCAUCCCCGUCCUGCCUUCUCUGUGGAGAGCCUGGCAGAACCACCUAUGCUCUCUGUUCCACAGGCUUCCUUCACAGCCAUACCUCCACCCCCAGCACAAUUCUCAGGUGGCCCCAUACCCCCACCUCCAGUCUCGUUUGCCUCCGUACCACCACCCCCAGUAUCAUUUGCCAACGUACCCUCAAUUCCACCCCCAUCGCCAUUCUCAGGUGCUCCCAUACCCCAAGCCUCGGUCUCGGUGGCCCAAUCAUCCCCAGCUCCAGUGUCAUUUGACCCCAUACCCCAACCUCAAGUUUAUUUUGCCCACAUGCCCCAAGCUUCAGUCUCAGUUAUCCCACUCCCACCCUCCACAGCUCCUGCAGCUGCACCUAGAUCCCCCAUGUCCAAUGUCCCACCUCUCCCUGGUGGUCGUACCGGUUACCUCCAGGAGGCUCGUCGGCGCAGCGGCAGGAGGCCCAUGUUCCGAGUCCCUGAUGAGAAGAAGAACUCUCCCAACCCUGACCUGCUGAACAUGGUGCAGAACCUGGAUGACAGGCCCCACUACGGAAGUAAUUCAGGGAGUAUGAUGGGCUUUGACUCAGGCACAGAGGAAGACCAGGCUGCUGAAGCCGGCCGGGGCAGGAUGCCUCCACCGGUGGCCCCCAAACCCAGGGUCAUCCACGAGGCCCCUCAGAUUCCCCAGGCGGAGGGGAAGGGGGCUCAGCUGUUUGCCCGCAGGCAGAGCCGCAUGGACCGGUUUGUGGUAGACACCCCACUAGAGACCGCCUACCAGCAGGAGAUCACCCACCCAGGGGCCGAGUCCCAGUAUGCCCCCAACCCCAAUAUCAACUCACAGUGGAAGUUAUCCCCCAACAUCCGUGCCCCCCCGCCCAUUGGUUACAACCCAUUGCUAGCCCCCUCCUGCCCUGUGGGGCCACAGAGAGAUACAGGUAGGUCUGACGGGGGGGGCUGGGGAAGCAGACGGGGGAUAGCCUCUCAUAGGGAGGGAAUCAAAGCUCUGGAUUUCAUGAGAAGGCAGCCUUACCAGCUCAACUCAGCUAUGUUCGGGGGUAGUGUUGCCAACCUGUCGGCGAUGCCCUCAUACCAGGACCAGAGGCAGCAGCAGGGAGGGUAUACUACCAUGGUGGGCAGCACCAUGACUCCUCCCAGACAGAUCCCAGUCAAGGCGGCCCGUGUGUACGAGAUCAAACGCUUCUCAACACCCACGCCGAUGUCAUCCCGGUGUUUGGCCCCCACCGUGAUCGCUCCUCGUUCAGCCACAACGCUGGGAGAGCGCCUGACCCGCUCCGACAUGAUCUCCCCAACCCCUGCUCCUCUCUCCCCACCCCCUGCCCCUGUCUAUUCCCCAGCCCCGGUCUCUGCCCCACAUCCCGCCCUUGCUCCUGCCUAUUCAGGGGGCCUGCCCGGGCUGCCCAGAAUCAAUGCCACCCCUGUCCCCAACCCCAACCCCAUCCCCCACCCAUCACCCUAUCCUGGGGUGUCUUACAGUGGGCUCCAAGGUACUAAGCAGUUUCAGAGUGCCCCUGAUCUGAGUUUCCUUGCUAACCUCCCCCCUCCUUUCAAGGCAAAUGCCAUGCAGGCACCCAAACCCCGCUUCAUCGCCACCAAGGUGGGUGUCCAGCCGCGUGUGUGGAGACCAGGUGCCAUGUAAAUGGGAGUGGGAGACCCUGUCUGAGAACUGGACAUAUCCCAGCCCUAUAAAAAAAGAUAUAUAUCUGCAAAACAACAGAGUAUUAAAGUGGUCAAAAACUGAUCAAUGAGUUUGUUCAGAGCCCAACAAAUACGUUAUCACAAAUGUAUGAAGUCUCUUUCAUUGGCAGGAUUUGAAACCCUCACUAAACGAAUGUUUUAAUUGGUGAAACUCAGAAAUGUGUUUCCAUUCAUUUGAUUAUUAUUAUUAUUAUUUCCCACCUUUUUGUUUGUGCAAUAGAGGUCCUUUGCUGUCAACGUCACAAAGUGCUAUGAUCAACUUCAAAUCAUGGUCCAUGUGAUUGCAGUCGUAGAUGAGCUUGCCUGUCACACAUACUGUUGCUAACCUGCGUUUGGUCUGGUCUGUCUUUCAACUCAUUUGGCCCAGUCAUGUCACAAAGUACACAGUAGUAUAUCCACUGUACGCCUGUCCUGGAGGAGGUUUUUGUAGGGCUUAUCUUUCUACACAGUCAUCUAAAUACUGUUUAAAUCGCCAUGGGAGUGAGAGAGCCUGUACUGAAUUAUUCUUUGAAACUUGAAAUGUUGACAUGUAGGAUUUCUGAAAUGAAAUGGUGGAUAUUAUUUUGCAUAGCAACCGACCGUUCACUAACAAUUACCACAGGAGGAUCGCUGAGGCCCUGAGUCUUCCCUGUCUCUGAUGAGAGGACAGAGGAGGGAGAGGUGAGGCUAACAGAGAGUGGUGAACACAGGGGGGUCCGAGCUCAUUCAAUGUGAGCGCCAAGUGAGCGCCACUCAGACGAGUGCCAAGCACGAUGAUGCUUCACUCAGAAGAAACCCCUGACAUGCUUCUCUCAUGAAAUCUGGGCUCUCCAACAGAUGUCAUUGCUCCUUUUUCAUUGGGCAAUGGCUAGGUCAAAUGUUUAAUGGAUCUAGGGCUGGGGCUCCCUUCCAGUCUGCUGAAGCCCACUUCGGAAGAUCAGAGAAGGUGGAAGAUACUGUAAGUUAGACCUCACUCCAUCCUGAGUGUUUGUGUUGGUGGCACCAGAUCCCUGGCUCCCAGGGGUCAGUGAGAAAUGCUAUCUGAUUUGGCGGGGUUUGUAGUUAACAGGUGUUUUUCUAGCCAGUCACUGCCUAUUUGCGGAGCUGAUUUGACAGCCAAGCGAAUUGGAUGAGCACAGCAACCCAGCCCUUCCCAGACUAGUGUGCCCUUUCUGAAUGUCUGGUGUCCAUGUCAGCACUCACGUUGUAUUAAAACAAAUCACACCGAUGACAGAUGUUCAUUUGUUGUCACUGAAUCUGAUUUGUCGCAUAGAAAAACAGGGAGGCACCGGCAACAGAAAUGUUAAAGACAUGAGAUGGGCUGUGGAUAUUGAAGAAGCGGGGACAUACGGUCCCUGCCCAAUGAUUUAGAGGGGUGUCGGUUAUGAACCAAGUCAAGGUCCUCACUGGCAUGUUAGCCUCUAAUUUAGAGGAGGGGAGAUACGACACGGUGUACCAUGAGAGAGAAACUUCAGUUUGGGUAUUUGUCAAGGAUUUCCCACAGCCUUUGGAAAGUAGACGAGAGUGACCAGGAAAAGCCUGGUUCUGAGGCCUAGUAAGGGAGGAGGGUAGAGAGAGAAAGUAACAGACUCCACCGGUGCCUCUCUGAGACAUGGAGGUGAUCGGGUAGUGUAUAAAAUGGCAGAGAUGAACACAUAAUGAACCCGAUCAAGAACGAAACCAUAACCGUUCCUGUUCUUCUAACAAUGAAAACAGCUGAUGGUAAUUAACUGUAAAUAUAUACAGGCUUUUGGAUAUGGAUACGACCCCCAUUCACUGACAGGGUUCAUGACUUGCCUUUCUGACACUGGUAAAUCAUUGUUCUUUUUUGUUCUUUUUCUAAUGUAUUAAUCUAAUUGAGCCUAACUUAGGCUAUCUGUAUUUAUGUCAUUAUGGGUUUUAAAGUAUGUGAUAUGUUGUGCAUAGUGGUCUCGGUGUGUAAAAAUACAAAAAAACUCAAAUGCAUUUAUCCUGGAUACAUCUAUAUAAAAGAGUGAGUGUGAAAAUGUCUGUUAAUGAAGCUGCAAUAAAGGAGAGCAGUAUAAGCUUUUUACUGACUAAGAGAUGUGUUCAUUUUAGAGGAAUAAAAAUACUUAAACAUUUA